GGCCGGGCCCUGACUCUGUGGCAACUGCAGGCGGCUAGGCAGAGGCCUCUUCUAACCCUCUCCCCUUUCUCCCACAGGUGCCCCCCAGGCAGGCUGGCACGAUGCCCGCCUCGCGGCUGCAGCCCCUCUUCCCCCUCCUCCUGGCCUUCCUUGUUGGCUUGGCCCAGGCGGAUGAGCUGCUGGUGGCCACCCAGACAGGGCGGGUGCGUGGCAUUCGUGUGAGGGUGCUGGAUGGCCGCGUCUCAGCCUUCCUGGGCAUCCCCUUUGCAGAGCCCCCCGUGGGCCCACGCCGCUUCCUGCGCCCGGAGCCGGUCAAGCCCUGGAGCCAUGAGCUGGACGCCUCGUCCUACCGGCAUGCCUGCUACCAGGUAGUGGACAACACUUACCCUGGCUUCCACGGGACGGAGAUGUGGAACCCCAACCACAACAUGAGUGAGGACUGCCUCUACCUCAAUGUCUGGGUGCCCUCUCCCCGCCCCAAAAAUGCCACCGUCCUGGUCUGGAUCUACGGAGGCGGCUUCUACAGUGGCUCGUCCUCACUGGACGUCUACGACGGGCGCUUCCUCACCUACACUCAGAACGUGGUCCUGGUCUCCAUCACUUACCGGGUGGGUGCCUUCGGCUUCCUGGCCCUGCUGGGCAGCCAGGAGGCCCCAGGCAACAUGGGCUUGCUGGACCAGCGCCUGGCACUGCAGUGGAUUCAGAACAACAUCCAGUUCUUUGGGGGCAACCCCAAGGCUGUCACCAUCUUUGGCGAGAGUGCCGGUGGUGCCUCGGUCAGCAUGCACCUCCUCUCGGCCCAGAGCCGGCCCCUUUUCCAGCGGGCCAUCCUGCAAAGCGGGACGGUCAAUGCUCCAUGGGCCACCAUCACACCGGCAGAGAGCCGCCGGCGUGCCACGCUGCUGGGCAAGCGGGUCGGCUGCCACUUCACCAAUGACUCUGAGCUGGUGAGCUGCCUGCGCACAAAGCACCCGCAAGAGCUGGUCGACGAGGAGUGGUCGGUGCUGCCCUACAAGAGCAUCUUCCGCUUCUCCUUUGUGCCCGUCAUCGAUGGGGACUUCUUCCCGGACACACCCGAGGCGAUGCUCAGCACGGGCAACUUCAAGGAGACACAGGUGCUGCUGGGCGUGGUGAAGGAUGAGGGCACCUACUUCCUCAUCUACGGGGCGCCCGGCUUCAGCAAGGACAAUGAGAGCCUCAUCAGCCGAGAGGACUUCCUGGACGGCGUGCGCAUCGGGGUGCCACACGCCAACGACAUUGCCGCCGAGGCUGUGGUGCUGCAGUACACCGACUGGGAGGACGAGGACAACCGUGAGAAGAACCGGGAGGCCAUGGACGACAUUGUGGGCGACCACAACGUCAUCUGCCCCACCAUGCACUUUGCCCGGCGCUACGCCGAGCACGGCAACAAGGUCUACGCCUACUUCUUCGACCACCGCGCCUCCAACCUCAUGUGGCCGCUCUGGAUGGGCGUCCCGCACGGCUACGAGAUCGAGUUCAUCUUCGGGCUGCCGCUCAACGACAGCCUCAACUACACCCCCGAGGAGAAGGAGCUCAGCCGCAGGAUGAUGCGCUACUGGGCCAACUUUGCCCGCACGGGGAACCCCACGGACCCCUCAGACAAGGAGGAGUCCUGGCCCGUCUACAACCUGUCCGAUCAGCAGUACGUCAAGCUCAACACGCAGCCGCUCAGCACCGACCGCAGUCUCCGGGCCCAGAUCUGCGCCUUCUGGAACCAGUUCCUCCCCAAGCUCCUCAACGUGACCGAUAACAUCGAGGAGGCCGAGCGGCAGUGGAAGCUGGAGUUCCACCUCUGGAGCGCCUACAUGAUGCACUGGAAGAGCCAGUUCGACCACUACAGCAAACAGGACCGGUGCUCAGAGCUGUGACACAGAGGGGAGGGGGGGGAGAAGAGGGAAUGGCCCCUCAACCCCAACUCCAUUCAGUCAAGCACGCCAAGCAGCUCAAGGAAACCCCCUCCCAUCAGCCCCCAGCCCCUCUGGUGACACUUGCCACAACUCUCCCACCACCCCAACCCAAUCCCAGCCAAUCUGAGCGUCCCUAAUG